UGUUGAUAUGGUCCAUCCCAGGUAGUGACAGAAGCUAUUUUACUGCCAUACUGCUGAGGAAGUCCAGAGUUCAACUUCUGGAGAGUAGCAUAGUGAAUUACCCUACCACAGAGAUGAGGAGAAACCUGCUUAUGGCCCAUGUUUCUUUCCUUGGCCAUCCGCUGUGUGUGAUGACGUCCCACAUGGAGAGCAUGAAGCCCCAAUCCCUGGAACGCCAGAACCAGCUGAGGACGGUGUGGAAGACAAUGAGGGAGCAGCCCCAGGACCACAGCGUCAUCUUUGGGGGAGACACCAACCUCAGGGACUGGGAGGUGAAGAACCAGGGCGGUCUACCUGAGAGCAUCUGUGACGUAUGGGAAUCCCUGGGCCAGCCGGAAGACUGCCGGUACACCUGGGACUCUGUCACCAAUGACAACAAUGACCUCCCUUUCCCCGCACGCCUGCGCUUCGACCACAUCUUCCUGAGGCAGGCCGGUGAGGGGUCAAAGGUCAGCCCAGAUGGCAUGACCCUGGUGGGCCUGAAGAGGUUGGAUGACUGCUGGCUUUACCAGCAACCACAAGGGUUUCCUCUGCACCUUCGUCAUAAAACCUCUCAGUCAAGCAACACCUGAAUGAUACA